AUGUUGUUCACAUAUGUUUACACGGGAUGGGAAGGAACGGCUAAUGACUCAAAGGUGUUGAUGGAUGCAAUAAGUAGAGAAGGGAACAACUUCUCAUUGCCUAAAGAAGGAAAAUAUUAUCUUGUUGAUUCUGGUUAUGCAAAUAUGCGUGGGUUUCUCGCACCAUAUCGUGGAGAGUGUUAUCACUUGCGUGAUUAUAAAGGGAAAGGCAAACAUCCAAGAUGCUUUGGAGUGCUUAAGACUCGCUUUCCUAUUAUGAAGUUAAUGUCAAAUUAUCCAAUUAGGAAAUAA